AUGGAUUCGAACCAAACCGGAUUUAACCAGGGUUUAAGGAGAGUCAAAAACCCAGAAAGAAGGAAGGAGAAGAAGACGGACAUGGAAGUAUCAAGUAUGGAUUUAGAGCACCAAACCAUGGAAAUGUUCCUGCGAUGGGCAUCAGAGCUCGGCAUUUCAGAUUCUGUUGAUUCUCCUCGAAUUCGCGAUUCGUGUCUCGGCCGUUCCCUUUCCGUCGCCGACUUCCCUCUCGCCGGCGGGAGAGGUUUGGGAGCUGUUCGUGAGCUCAGGAAAGGAGAAUUGGUUUUGAAAGUCCCGAGAAGUGCUUUGAUGACUACAGAAACCAUGACCGCGAAAGAUCGGAAAUUGAGUGGCGCCAUUAAUCUCCACGGAUCGCUUUCUUCGACGCAGGGGAAGAGCUCCUUCUGGUAUCCGUACUCGGUACAUUUACCUCGUGACUAUGAUCUCUUGGCCACAUUUGGGGAAUUCGAGAAGCAAGCUUUACAAGUUGAAGAAGCUGUUUGGGCUGCAGAGAAAGCCAUAGCCAAGUCUCAGUCAGAGUGGAAGGAAGCUGUUACGUUGAUGAAGGAGCUAGAUCUCAAGCCAAAGUUUCAGAGUCUCCAAGCAUGGCUCUGGGCUUCUGCAACUAUAUCUUCACGGACCCUGCAUGUACCAUGGGACACUGCUGGGUGUUUGUGCCCUGUGGGGGACUUGUUUAACUACGAUGCUCCUGGAGAUGAUUCGAAUACCUCAGAAGGUCCUGAAAGGCUCACAGAUGGUGGAUUUGAUGAAGAUGCCAAUGCUUAUUGUCUUUACGCAAGAAGGAGUUAUCAGCUAGGAGAACAGGUUCUUCUGUGUUAUGGGACAUACACGAAUCUAGAGCUUCUUGAGCACUAUGGGUUUAUGUUAGAAGAGAACUCAAAUGACAAGGUCUUUAUUCCUCUAGAAAAUAGCCUUUAUUCUCUAGCUUCUUCAUGGCCGGAAGAUUCUUUAUACAUUCAUCAAGAUGGUAAGCCAUCUUUUGCGCUUGUAUCGACGUUGAGACUGUGGCUGACCCCACAGAGCCAUCGUGACAAGUCGGUUAUGCGCCUUGUCUACGCCGGAUCUCAGAUAUCUGUGAAGAAUGAGAUUAUAGUCAUGAAGUGGUUGUCAGAGAAAUGUGGAAGUGUUUUAAUGGAUCUACCAACUUCUGUAGUAGAAGACACUGUGGUUCUUGGUAACAUUGACAAACUCCAAGAUCCCAAACUGCGUCUGGAGCAGGAAGAAAUAGAAGCUUUUGGAAACGAAGUGUGUGCCUUUUUGAAGGUGUAUCGUUUGUGGGAUGCCAAUGAAGUUUCGGGGAAAGCUAACAGGAUGAUGAGCAAAUGGAGAUUGUCAGUCCAAUGGAGGCUAAGGUACAAGAGAACUCUUGCAGAUUGCAUUUCUUAUUGUAAUGAGAAAUUGAAUAUUCUCUCUGGUACUCAUAAUGGGACUAGGGAUUUGUAA